GAUGUGUGAAGGCGGGCAUCGGCGCUGCUGAACUCAUUUCAGACUUGGGAUUGCUCCCGCCACACCUGCCUGCCGCCUGCUGAGACUGCACUGUGGGGCUGAGGCUUCCGAGUCCUCAGGGACUAUCUUUCAACCCUCACAGAAACCUCCUUCUCCCUGGUGAUGGCUCACAGGGACUGUUUUCUUGCUCUUGGUCUGCUUGACAGCCAAGAAAGAAGGCAAAGGUAGAGCAGUAGGACCUCUGGAUCUCCCCAUAGUUAUUCAACGCCUUUCUGAACCCCAGGACAGACCUUACUUGAAUAAAUGAUUCUGAGUCAUGAGUGAAAAAUCUUGCUCUUUCCAUAAUGAGAAAGAAUUCAGAGAUGGACAGGCCGAAAAGUUAUCUUCCGUGUACUCAUCACAUGACAAGGACAGCAAACCCUUUCUGGCUUUCCAAGGGAUACCUAUUUCCCAGUUGCAGAACCACAGCAUCCUCCAGGCACUGAAGACAGACGCUAACGGAUGGGAGCCUAGUGUUUUGAGUACAGAGGUGCUCAGGGCCCAGGAAGAAUGGGAGGCCGUGGACAGCAUCUUGCCAGAGCCAGGGAACCUGACCCGCGCAGAGCAGCCCGGGCAGCUGGUCUCCUUCAGUGAGGCCCUGCAGCACUUCCAGACCAUAGACCUCUCCUCCUUCAAGGAAAGGAUUCAGCCCACUGUCCGGAGGACCGGGCUCGCCGCCCUCCGGCACCGCCUCUUUGGGCCUCCAAAGCUCCACCAGGGCCUCCACGAAGAAAGGGACUUGGUGCUGACCAUCGCCCAGUGUGGCCUGGAUAGCCAAGACCCCAUGCACGGCCGCGUCCUGCAGACCAUCUACAGGAAGCUGACUGGCUCCAAGUGCGACUGCGCCCUUCUCGGAGACCACUGGCAGGACCUUGGCUUUCAGGGAGCAAAUCCGGGCACAGACCUGCGAGGCGCAGGCUUCCUGGCACUCCUGCAUCUGCUCUACCUGGUGAUGGACUCCAAGACCCUGCUGAUGGCCCAGGAGAUUUUCCGCCUGUCUCAUCACCACAUCCAGCAAUUCCCCUUCUGCCUGAUGUCGGUGAACAUCACCCGCAUCGCAGUCCAGGCCUUGCGAGAGGAGUGUCUGUCCAGGGAGUGUAACCGGCAGCAGAAGGUCAUCCCCGUGGUGAACAGCUUCUACGCCGCCACCUUCUUGCGCCUGGCACACGUCUGGAGGACAGAGCAGAAGACCAUCUCCGACUCGGGCUUCGUCCUCAAAGACUUGGAAGUGUUGGCCAAGAAGAGCCCCAGGCGUCUGCUGAAGAUGCUGGAGCUGUACUUGGCCCGAGUGUCCCAGGGCCAGGCCUCCCUGCUAGGCGCACAGAAGUGCCGCGGGCCGCCAGCCUCCCACUCCCGAGAUCUCACCUUCACUGGGGUGUGCGAGCUGCCCUCGCACCCCACCGACGGCAGGCUGAUCUGAACCCUGAACUGAGACCACCACGCCU